CAUUCAUUUUGUUUGUGGCGUGGAAGCGCGUGAGUGCGAAUGGAGGCGGUUAGGAGCGAGUCUCUGACGCCCGGUCGUUCGUACGCUCUCUCCAACGCUCUGGAGAGAGGCAGAAAGGCGUUCCUUCAGGUCAAAUUGACGGAUUCCUUCAUCACAUCCUUGGAGCAAUUCCAAGCUGCGGAGCCUAGAGACAAACGGCUGCGAGUGAGUUUCGCAAGUGAAAGCAGCGGGGUUAUUGAUGUAAACACAGGCCACCAUGAUGGUCUCAAGCAGUAUGUCUUCACCCUCUCUUCUCUUGAUCAACAAGGCUCUAUCGAGUGUGUACUCGAUCGGAGGGAUCGCAAAGAGUUGUCUGUUUUGGGCAACGUUUCGCAUAAGAUGAUGAUAUUAGGAAGAGCCGAUUCAUAUGAGAAGACCAAGAAGACGAUGGUCGAGGCAAAAAACGAAAAAGAAAAGACGAAAGCACAAGAGAUUAAGUUGGGUCCAAAACGUGGAGCACUAAAGCCCAGGGGGCCGAGAGCAGUUUUGCUGAAACGAAGGCCAAUGGUUAUCAGCAGUGUCAGCACUCCGCCGUCUAUGAAGUCAAACAAGUCAUUGAGGAACCGGAUUGUCCACGUGCUAGCUCUGAAACCACAGAACAGGUUGGAGCUUAGUGCAAAACUGGGAAAAGAUGGUAAAGGUACCGGUCUGAAUCUUCAAUCCACAUUGUUUCAGGUUGCUGAUUUCAAAGACAAUAAAUUCCACCUGAAGAAACAUCUGUAUUCAGAAUUGCAGAUUGACAAAUGGCCACUUUAUACUGAAGAAGAAAGAGCACUGCUUCGAAAGAAAAUAACAGAUGAGAAAUCACCUGUGAACAGUAAAAGGGACUCUUCUUCCCUGCAGCCACGUCAGGAGACACUCGCAUCUUCAACAGGCUUGAAGUUCAGCAAAACGUCACCAUUCAAAGCAGUGGCCACACGCAAACACCGAAAGAGUGAGGAGGAAAGAGAAGCUAAUGUACAACAGAAGAUUACGCACGCAUCAGGGCAGUGUACCACCUUACCAGUAUCUACUUUCCACGUUCCAGUUCGGAAAAGAGGAAUGAGCUGUGUUUCCAAUUCUCCUUUUACUAGUUGUGUAAAGAAAGUAAAGGUCAAUGGACUAGAGAGUUCUCUUACGUCAAAUACAAGUAGUAAUUCACUGCACAGCACUGAAACUGAAAAAAUGAAGUGUCAAACAGAUCAAGUUCCACAUACACAUAAGGGAAAUGAAAAGGAAUCAGGUGGACAACAGGCACUUCACAGUCAAGAGGACAUGUCUAAUGAGAGACUAUCGUUGGACUACCAGAGUAAGUACACCAGGAUCACAUCAGCAGAGAUGAGGACAAGAUAUAAAAACGACUUUAAUGCUGAAUAUCCCAAAUACCAACAACUCCAGCAAGAGCUGGAUCCGUUUCAGAACAGAGCAAAGAAACUUGCAGAACAAUGGAAAUCUCUUGAUCCUGACAGUGCCAAAUAUCUUAAAGUGGAAAAGAAGAUUGAACGAGAAUGGGAAAAGUGGGAGAAUGACAAACAUUUGCAGAAGGUACAAAGGGAACGAGAUGCAUUGUAUGACAAGUUGAGUUAUAUCAAGCAAUUAGUUGUACAAUUCGAUAAUGAACAGACAGAACCUCUACAGACAGAAGCUUUGCAAACUCAAACUGAUUGAGUAAGUACUUAAGUAGCUUGUGUCCUUUCAGUGGUAGGAAAUGGAUAGAUGCUCCUCUGUGAGGAGGCAUUUUGUGUUUAAUUAGCAAUGAUGCAUUUGUGUUUAUCAAUGAUAUGUCGACUUUUUAUAUCUUUGA